UCUAAGGCAUCUGUGUUCAUAUACUAGUAACUAAGGUUUCAUUAAUUUUUUUUAUACAGAAGAAUGAGAAAACCUAUGGCAAUGAAAUAUACAAUACUUCUUUUAAUAAUACUUCAAAUGAUAUUUAUUAAGUCACAAGUCACGGAGUCUGAAGAUAAAUCAAAGAGUGAAAGUUCUAGAUCUCGUAAUUUCUACUUGGGUGUAGUGAUAUUGGGUAUAUUUGGUGUCAGUUUAAUGAUCAUAAUUAUUGUCGCAAUUAUUUGCUUUCGUAAACAGAAAAUACCAAUCAUUGAUCCAGUAACUGUUAUUCAAGCUAUGUAAACGAUGUAUUUCAUAACAAACUUUCAUAUUUUUUGAAGAAUGCUGUUAUAUACUGUUAUUAUUAUUAUUAUUAUUAAAACACUUUCCUUAUUCCAUCG